AUGGCCGGUGGAUGGGCGACGCCUCGCGUACUGUACGCCAUGUGGUUGGUUACGAGGCCGUUGGCAGGGCGUGCGCCACCUACAGCACGGCUGGGCCUCGGCGCUGUGCGUGCCUAUGUACGUAGUCCCUUGGAGGCCGAGAAGGAGGCGUCCACGGUCCGCGGGCAGCGUGCCGAACGAGCGCGCUUGCAAAAGCUUCCUCGUACGACGGCCGAGGCAGGAGGGCCAUGGGCGAGAGCAAGGAGGGCGUGGCGAGAGACGCCAUUGAAGUGGUCGCCCAUUCCGAUUGCGCUAGGUGCUGUGGUGCUGGUCGGCGUGCAGGCCCACCGUGAAUACAAUCGGCAUCGUCGUGACGCUGCGCUGGUAGACGAGCAUGGCCGGCCUGUCCGUGAGUCAGGGCCUUGGGCCUUGUACGUGCUAGGUGCGCUCCCUCUCAAUGCGAUGAGCCGCGCAUGGGGCUGGGCGAACGGCUUAACGUUGCCUGUGUGGUUCCGUCCGUACGGCUUCAAGUUUUAUGCGUGGCUCUUUGGCUGCAAUUUGGAGGAGAUGCGGGAGAAGGAUUUGACCAAGUACCCCAGCCUCGGUGAGUUUUUCACGCGUGAGCUCGCGCCGGGUGCGCGACCCGUGUCCGAUGCGCUGCUUGUGUCGCCGGCGGAUGGCAAAGUGCUGCACUUCGGCACGGUCGAGGGCGAUCGCGUCGAGCAGGUCAAGGGCCUUACCUAUUCGCUUGACUCGCUGCUGGGCAACAAUGCCAAGGCCGAGUCGAUGCAGAUCAUUCCACGAGAGGCGGGCGACGAGAAUGUAGAGAGCGAGCAUGCGUUUGCCGAGGUCAACGGGAUUGCGUACUCUGUCCCCCAACUUCUUGGUGAACGCACGAGUCGUGUACGUCGCGUACGCGACUAUGUCGCAGGCCUGGCCCGUGGGUCGUACCGAUCUCUCAAGCAGUUGGUGCUCUGGAAGCGUCAUGCGUACGACCAUGUCCCGACGCGCCAGGCGACGGACGCAGAAGUGGCGGCGGACGAACUUGAUGCGCAGGAAGAAGGCGCCGACGAGGAGCAUGAUGUGGGUAUUCCGACGAGCGACUCUGCUGAGACGCUGGGUCACUAUGCGUCGGUGGCCAUGGAUCUACGAGCCGAGGCACUGCCGCAGCUCGAAGCGUCGCGGCACGUCGCGCCUGGCCACCGCCUCUACUUUUGUGUUAUUUACCUAUCGCCAGGCGAUUACCACCGCUUCCACAGUCCUGUGCCGUGGGUCGUGGAGCUCCGCCGUCAUUUCCGUGGCGAGCUGUAUUCGGUGUCGCCGUACGUCGCGGCGCGUCUUCCGAACCUGUUUGUGAUCAAUGAGCGUGUGGCCUUGCUGGGCCGUUGGCGGUACGGCUUCUUUAGUAUGACGCCUGUGGGGGCGACCAAUGUUGGAUCCAUUCUGAUCCACUUUGACCGCAAUUUGCGCACCAACCUCCGCGCGGAACGCCAUUUGGCCGGCACGUUUGUGGAGGCCACAUACAAUGCGGCGAGCCGUGUGCUGGGCGGCCAACCGCUCGCGAAGGGCGACGAGAUGGGCCGCUUCUUGCUGGGCAGCACCAUUGUCCUUGUGUUUGAGGCCCCGGAGACGUUCCAGUUCACGUGCCAUGCCGGCGAUCAGGUGCAUGUAGGCGAGGCUUUAGGUGAUGUCUUGUAG